CCGCCCGCCUCGGGACGUGCGUCCGGGGAUCACCCCGGGUCCCGCUCCGCCCGCCGCGCAGGAGGCGGGGGGAGGGGGCCGACGGCCGUUCUCUCCGGCUAUAAAGGGCCCAGGGCCGCCGGAGCUCCCUCGGCGUCCUCCGGCUCCGCCUCCGCCGCCUCCGCCGCCUUCCCUCCAGCGAGAGCUCGGGGGCCCGCUCGGGCUCCCAUCGACGCGCUCGGGCUCGGCUACGCGGGCUGCGGCAGAAGAUGGCGGCUCCGGCGGCUCGGGCCGACUGCUCCGAGGAGGCGCUGGCGGCAGCCCUGGCGGACGUGCCGGAGCUGGCCCGGCUUCUGGAGAUCGACCCGUACCUGAAACCCUUCGCCCCGGACUUCCAGCGCAGGUAUAAGCGGUUUAAUGAGACUUUGAACAACAUUGGAGAGAACGAAGGUGGUAUUGAUAAAUUUUCCAGAGGUUAUGAAUCAUUUGGUGUCCACAGAUGUGCUGAUGGCGGUUUAUACUGCAAAGAAUGGGCCCCAGGAGCAGAAGGAGUUUUUCUUACUGGAGACUUUAAUGAUUGGAAUCCAUUUUCAUACCCAUAUAAAAAACUGGAUUAUGGGAAGUGGGAGCUCUAUAUCCCACCAAAGCAGAAUAAAUCUCUACUUGUCCCUCAUGGAUCCAAAUUAAAGGUAGUUAUUAGGAGUAAAAGUGGAGAGAUCUUGUAUCGUAUUUCACCAUGGGCGAAGUAUGUGACUCGUGAAGGUGAUAAUGUGAAUUAUGAUUGGAUACACUGGGAUCCAGAACACCCAUAUAAAUUUAAGCAUUCCAAGCCAAAGAAACCAAGAGGUCUAAGAAUUUAUGAAUCUCAUGUGGGAAUUUCUUCAUAUGAAGGAAAAAUAGCUUCUUAUAAACAUUUUACAUGCAAUGUACUACCAAGAAUCAAAGACCUUGGAUACAACUGCAUUCAGUUGAUGGCAAUCAUGGAGCAUGCUUACUAUGCAAGUUUUGGUUACCAGAUCACAAGCUUCUUUGCAGCUUCAAGCCGUUAUGGAACACCUGAAGAGCUAAAAGAACUAAUUGACACAGCUCACUCAAUGGGUAUUACAGUCCUCUUAGAUGUGGUGCACAGCCAUGCUUCAAAAAAUUCAGAAGAUGGAUUAAAUAUGUUUGACGGGACAGAUUCCUGUUAUUUUCAUUCUGGACCUAGAGGAAAUCAUGAUCUUUGGGAUAGUCGAUUGUUUGCCUACUCCAGCUGGGAAGUUUUAAGAUUCCUUCUGUCAAACAUAAGAUGGUGGUUAGAAGAAUAUUACUUUGAUGGAUUUCGUUUUGAUGGUGUUACAUCCAUGCUCUAUCAUCACCACGGAAUGGGUGAAGGUUUUUCAGGUGAUUACCAUGAAUAUUUUGGACUUCAAGUAGAUGAAGAUGCCUUGGUUUAUCUCAUGUUGGCAAAUCAUUUGGUUCACACAUUAUAUCCAGAUUCUAUAACAGUAGCCGAGGAUGUAUCAGGAAUGCCAGCUCUCUGUUCUCCAAUUUCCCAGGGAGGGGUUGGCUUUGAUUAUCGAUUAGCCAUGGCAAUUCCAGAUAAAUGGAUCCAGCUACUUAAAGAGUUUAAAGACGAAGAUUGGAAUAUGGGCAAUAUUGUGUACACACUCACAAACAGACGCUACCUUGAAAAAUGCAUUGCUUAUGCAGAGAGCCAUGAUCAGGCACUUGUUGGGGAUAAGACACUGGCAUUUUGGUUGAUGGAUGCUGAAAUGUAUACCAACAUGAGUGUUCUGACCCCAUUUACUCCAGUUAUUGAUCGUGGAAUACAACUUCAUAAAAUGAUUCGACUCAUUACUCAUGCUCUUGGUGGAGAAGGUUAUCUCAAUUUCAUGGGUAAUGAGUUUGGGCAUCCUGAAUGGUUAGACUUCCCAAGAAAAGGAAAUAAUGAGAGUUAUCAUUAUGCCAGAAGGCAAUUUCAUUUAACUGACGAUGACCUCCUUCGCUAUAAGUUCCUAAAUAACUUUGACAGAGAUAUGAAUAAAUUGGAAGAAAGAUGUGGUUGGCUUUCAGCUCCACAGGCCUAUGUGAGUGAAAAGCAUGAAGGCAAUAAGAUCAUCGCUUUUGAGAGAGCAGGUCUUCUUUUUAUUUUCAACUUUCAUCCAAGCAAGAGCUACACUGAUUACCGAGUGGGAACGACAUUGCCAGGAAAAUUCAGAAUUGUGCUAGAUACAGACGCAGCAGAAUAUGGAGGACACCAGAGAUUGGACCACAAUACCGAUUUUUUUUCUGAAGAUUUUAAACAUAAUGAGCGUCCCUUUUCUCUUUUGGUGUACAUUCCGAGCCGAGUGGGCCUCAUCCUGCAGAAUGUGGAUAUGCCCAACUGAACCCACGGGAUUUCAGCUUCCAGGAAAAUGUGCGCUUGUUUUCGUCUUCUCAUUGUCACAGAGCUUCUAGUGUGCAAGCUUUUCAAAAUACAGUUGUCUAGACGAAACGUCAGAUGUCUGAAAUUUAAUAUUGGUUUAUGCAAAUGAAUGUCACAUUUUGCUUUAAGAAGUGCAGGGGGGAAUAGUUUUUGAAAUUUCAAGGAAGCUAGACUGUAUUUUCCAGGCAUCUGAGCAGCUACGAUUCCCAAAUGAAGUAUUAUAUGUAAUGUCUUUAAACAACUUUACUUUCUAGGUCGAUAUAUGAUACUUAAAGUUCAAAUUUGAAUCAUGUGUCAUGUAUGAUAAUUACUGUUGAAUGUACACAGUACUUUUUUAAGAUGAACAUUUGAUGACUUUAUUUGUUCUAAGUAUAUCUUGGUUUAAAAUACAAAGCACCAAGGUUGCUACUAUGUUUUUUUUUUUCCAAAUUGUGUUUAGAAAUACUGUAAUAAAUAUGUAGUAAUAAUAUAAAAAGAAUUGGAUCAAAGAUAAUAUAAAGUCAUUAUAAACUCAUCCAUGCUUCAUUUUGCAUAAGUUUUGUCUUGUGAUCUCUGCUUCACUUAGUAUCUUGGUGGAUGCUGAUAUGUCCGUCAUUCUGAAGACCUGAAUUAGUAAUUGUAACAUUUCAGAAAAUGUCUUUUACUUUGGAUCAAUUAAAAAAAAUGCAGAAUUGCCUUUGCUAAUGUUUACUUAGCUGUACUACCGCAGGGAUGGAUUUGGAAUGAAUGUUAAAAUGCUUAUCUUAACUCUGAUACCUUCCCCACAUAUAUGCACACCUGCCCAAUGGACUAGGCAUUGGGAUUAAUAAUGUUUUCUUUAGGUACCAUUUUGUAAUGUAAAAUCAUACUAAUUCAGAUAUCCAAGCUACCCUGCAGCUGUAAACCUGAGCACUUGUAGAAGUUGAAUUUACUAUCUCAACUCAGUGGGAUACUCAAUCAUGAAAUUGCCAGUCAAGUCAUUAAAUAGAAGGCUACACAGGUCUAAAAUCAUUGAUACAUAAUUCAUUCAUAACUGAAAAAUUAUGAUGCAUUUAUAAGACAAAGUGUCUGUCACAUUUUUAAAGAUCUUAUUUUCCCUUUACAAUAAUACAUUAAUAAUGACUGCUCCUUUUUUUGCUUUUAGCCUGAUUAUUCGUGACUAAUGAACAGUACUUGGAAGUCUGUCUAUUAAAAACUUAUACAGUACUAGAAAAGAUUAGUAAAAGAGACUUCUGUAGCUAAACCUACCAUAUAUUUACCAUUUUUCUUAUAACUUAGGUCUGAAACAUGUUGUUUGCUAUAACUUCAAAGUAGAAUAAUAGUUUGAUUUCCUGAAAGAAUCAGUGAUGCCAGCUGAGGAUUAUAUAUCCUAGGAAGCAUUGCUGAAAGCCUCUGUGUUGCUUUGCCUGUUACAGGAAUGUUAUGAAUAUGUUAGCACUGCCAUGAUCUGUGUACAUUAUACCCAUUAUUGAUAACAGUACAAUGUACAACCAAGAUGUUUUGUGUCCUAGUUUAUAAUUUCUUACUUUUGCAUAUCUUUUGUUUGAAGAGACUGGGAGUUUUCUAUCACAGCUCCUUGAAAAUAACAAGAAGUUGCUUCACACCUUGAGCCCAUUUUCAUUCCCUUGUGACCUCUGCGGCAAAAUCAAAAAGACCAGAAAAAGUAUAAUGCUAUGUUUUCAUUAUAUUGAUUGACUUUACUAAUAUGAGUUUUAGACUUUAUUGGUCUAAAGUUCAAAUUUAAUAAUGUAAUCUAAGUUGCCUUUGUCAAAUGCUCCCCCCCCACAAAAAAAAGAACAAUAAAAAGAUGUCGCGAGGUAGAAACUAUAAUACAUGCAAACAAAAUAGUAAGAGUUCAAAAUAGAAUGUAGUUUUGUUGUUAGUGUUUUUCCUAUCAGAGCAGACAGCCUUUUUAGAACAUUCUAAUAAUAUUAUAUGGCAUUUCUCUAUAUGGGUCUUCAUUUUUGUAUCAAAAACUUUCUCAUCAUGUACUCUAGUGAGAAGUUCUGUGUUUUUACUGGUGAAACAUUUUCAACAAUCACCACAGAGAGAUACAAAAUUUUACUCUCUAUGCCUUAUAAUUUUUUUGUCCUCUAAUAUGAUUAUCACGCACACCAAAACUGAGAGUCCUCUUUGUUGACUGUUUUAGAGCAAAUAUUUUUACCAUUCUGCUCCUGUAUGUUCUAGAAAACAUAUGAUUACAGAUAUCUUUCCAUUGUUUUUUAAUAUCAGUGAAUGGCUAGUAAUUACUCUUUUAUCCAAAAUAGAAUUUACCCCUAAUGCCAAUGAUGUUGAAUCUUUUAACAGUAGCUCUUGUGGAAAAUACCAGUCUUUAAUAAUCAAAAACUGAACUGUAAACAUUUUCCCUAGAAUGUUUCCCACUUGAUAUCACUUGAACUCUGAGGGUCAACUCCUUUCAUAUGAUUUUUUCCUGUACAUUUGAUGUUUCUUACAUUGUCCCAUUCUUUGCUGAUGCAUUCAUCUCUAACAUAAAAUGAGGGAUUUAGCCACCAUGUUCCUCAAGUUCAAAAAAUAACCAGUGACAAUAAAUUGACUUUUCUUGAGGCAACUGUGAAA